AUGAGUGAAUCUUUGUCACUUGAGGAAACUCCACAAGAAAAUGAGGAAUUGACCAUAGAGGAAGAGUACAAGUUGUGGAGGAAAAAUUGUCAUUAUAUGUACGAUUUUAUAUCCGAAACUGCUCUCACUUGGCCCUCAUUAUCUAUACAAUGGCUACCACAAUCGUUUCAGGCUCCUUCUAAUGCAGAAAUUACGCAGAGUCUUCUGCUAACUACGUUGACCUCUGGUAAAGACACAGAUUACUUGAAAAUAGCAGGUACUCAGCUACCAGAUUCGUUGACAGGCAAGAAAUCGGAGGAGAAAGUAAAGUCAAGACUGAAGGUAUUCAAAAAAUACCCACAAAGCACAGAAAUAAACAGGGCCAGGUAUAUGCCCCAGAAUCCAAACAUAAUUGGCACAAUUAAUGCCUCUGGCCAGGUUUUCACAUAUGAUGUUAAAUCUCUGGCUGAGCCUGUGAUAAAUGAGUAUAUCCACCACAAGGAAAGUGGAUACGGAAUUUCAUGGAACAGGAAGAAAGAGGGGGUAUUUGCCACCUCUUCCGAUGACAAGACGGUGGCAAUUUGGAAUAUUAACCACUCUAAGCCAUUACGAACUUACGAACACAAAGAUAUUGUAAAUGACGUAGCUUUCCACAACUUUGACGUCAAUAUCAUUGGGUCCGUUUCAGACGAUAAAUCUCUGAAAAUUCAUGAUACAAGAACACAAAAAACUGUGAACUCUGAACAAGUCAGUGAAAAGGGAGUCAAUUCAUUAACGUUCUCCACCUUUUCCGAGAACCUGGUAGCCGUUGGUGGUGAAGAUUUUAAUGUAUCCCUUUUCGACUUGAGAAAUCUAACCAGGCCACUUCAUUCUAUGGUCGGACAUACGUCAACCAUAACGUCGUUAUCUUGGGAUCCUCAUCAUGAGAACAUUGUUGCAUCUGGCUCCGCAGAUCGUCGUGUAAUACUCUGGGAUAUCAGUAAGAUUGGAGAAGAACAGUUACAGGAUGAAAUGGAAGACGGUGUCUCAGAGUUAUUUAUGAUGCACGGAGGUCAUACUGGAUCCAUAUAUGAUUUGAGUUUCAAUCCUGAUAUUCCAUGGACAUUGGCCAGCUGUUCAAACGAUAAUAUUGUACAUCUCUGGACUGUUAGUAGAAAGGUACUAGGAUCAGGGAAUGAAGAGGUCGAUUUGAAGUCUUUAGAGUGA